GCGGACGCGUCCUCGCUGCGCUCGCACCUGGUGCACCUGGGGAACCUCCCGGCCCAGGGCUACCGCGAGCUGGAGCUGGUGUGCGCCGGGCUGCGCUUCGGCAAGGUGGAGCACUACGCCGUGCUCAGCAACCGGCACCGGGCCAUCCUGCACCUGGACAGCCCCAAAUCCGCGCGCUCCAUGCACAGUUUCCUGCAGCAAUAUCCAUAUUCCAUAGGAGAACACACACUCACCUGCUCCUUGUCCUCCCACGGAGACAUUCCUGAGGCUGAAACCGGGAAAAAGGAAGUGAAGAGAGAGGAUGGGAGCAAAGGAAGCUCUGGCUUGAAAAAAAUCCCAGAGGGGUCAGGAACGGUGCAAAAACCAGCCGGGAAUCCAUCGGGAGAGGCCAAGAAAGGCCAAGUUCCCACCCCAAAUGUCCCGGAGGAGAUUCCAGCGGGACAGCUGGAGAUUCCCGAGUCGCAGACCGGAGGAGCAGCGAGGGAAUCGCCCACAGGGAUGGACGUGGAGGGGUUGGAUCCUGGAAUUCCUGCGGAUCCGGCUGGCAGCAAAUCGCCCGGAGCGGGGCCGGAGGAGAAACCGGCGCCGCUUUCCGGAGCGGGGACGGACAAAUCUCGGGAUGGGCCGGAGCUGGAAAUCCUCCAAAAGGAGGGUGGGGAACCCUCUGCUCCCGCCGGGGAACCUCUGGAAUCGUCCGGCAAGGCCACCCCAGCAGGCGGAGGAGCGCCAGGAGCCGUCCCUGGAGCGUCCCCGAGCUCGGAGGAGGCGCCCGCGGUGGCACCCGGUGUCACCCAGCCCAGCGCGGAGCCGGCUGCUCCGGAGAAAACUCCCGUUCCCGAGGCUGGGAAAAGCAGCCAGGAAACGUCCACGGAGAGGAAAGCUGUCCCAAAAACUCUGGAUGCUCCAGGGAAAAAAAUGGAUGUGGCUGGAGCAGAGAGAGAGGCGGCAGCGGAGGAAUCCGUGCCCAAAAUUGGGGAAAAUCCAGGGAAGGCUGGGGGCAAGGCUGGGACAGAACUGGACAAAACACCGGGAAAAACAUCCUCCAAGGGUGGGGAGAACUCUGGGAAUGCUGUUGGUGAGACGCACGGGGGGAGUUCGGUUAAAAUCCCACAAAAUAAAGGGAUGGGAGCUGCAAAAUCCGAAGAAAACCACGCGGCCGCUCCGGCAAAUCCCGCCGCGUCGCUGAAGGAAUCUUGCAUUGGGAAAACCCUUCUGAAGGCUGUGGUGUCUGUCCCGGACAUCCUGAAACAGAAAAUUCCCGUCAGGGUCACCGAGCCUUCCCCGGGAAGAGCUGGGGAGCAGAAAAUCCCCCCCAAAGCAGGACUGGAGAAGAAAAUCCCACCCAAAACCGCGGCUCAGCCGGGAGCCGGGAACAGCCCGUGGAAAGGGAACGGAAAUUCCGGAGUGGAAGCGCAGGGAGACGGCGGGAAGAGCUCAUCCCAGCAGGAAAAGGAUUCCCAGCUGGAAUCUCCGACCAGUUCAAAGCAGAGCCAGCAGGGAGAGAGCGGAACAUCUGGCACGAAGGAAAAUCCCGGCGGGAAUCAGGCUCCUGGUGGGGGCGGUGCCGCAGCUUUGAAAAGCGGCGCCGGCAGCGCCGGAAAACAGAAGGAGGAGGAAGAGCUCUUCCCGUUUAACCUGGACGAGUUCGUCACGGUGGACGAGGUGCUGGAGGAAGCCGAGUCUCCGGUGACGCCGCGGCGGAACCCCCCGAGGGGGAAGAGAAAAGAAGCCCCCAAAGCCAACGCUCCGGAGCCGGCGCCCAAGAAGAGGAAAGGGAAGAGUUGCGGAGCCGAAGGUGAGCUGUCCUUUGUCACCUUGGAUGAGAUCGGGGAGGAGGAGGAGGAGGCCCCGGUGCCGCUGCCGGGCGUCGACCCCCAGGGCCUGGUGGUGGUGGAUGAGGUGGUGGAAGAGGAGGAGCUGUCGGAAGCGGCGAAGGAUCCGCGGGCGCUGCUGACGCUGGACGAGAUCUCGGAGCAGGAGGAGCCGGGCUCCCACGGGAACGGGCCCCGGGGGGAAUUUGAGGAGCGGGAUCUGAAGGCCGAGCCCUUGGUGACCGUGGACGAGAUCGGGGAGGUGGAGGAGCUGCCCCUCAACGAGCCCGCGGAGCUGAGCGCCGCCGAGGAGGGCAAAGCCAACCCCGGGGAUGGCGCGGCCUCCCAGGUGCCCGACGACCCCAACGCCUUGGUGACCGUGGAUGAGAUCCAGGAGGACAACGAGGACAAUCCUCUGGUGACUCUGGAUGAGGUCAACGAGGACGAGGAUGAUUUCCUGGCCGACUUCAAUCACCUCAAAGAGGAACUGAACUUUGUUACGGUCGACGAAGUCGGCGAUGAAGAAGAAGAAAGCGCUUUCCCAGGGAAGAACCCGCCCGAGGAUGAAGAUGACGAAGAUAUUGUUGCUGUUGCAGGACCGGAAGAAAUGGGAAUUCUAGGAGAUACAAAUCCAGAGGAUGAAAUGGCUGAAAUCUCCAAGCCAAAAGCAGCUCAGCUGGGAUCAGAAGAUGCAGAACCAAAGCCUCAGCAGAAGAAAACGACUUUUCCAGGUGUCCCCAAGACGCAGAGCACUCCCAAAGCUCUGGACAUCCUGGUCCCCAAGGCCGGAUUCUUCUGCCAGAUCUGCUCCCUCUUCUACGCCGACGAGCCCUCCAUGAUCAACCACUGCAGGACCCCCCUGCACCGGCAGAACAUGGAGAAGUUCAUGGCCAAGCAGCAGGAAAGCGGCGGGGAGGAGCCGAGCUCCAGGUGAUGGAGCUUCCCAGGAACCACACUUGGGGGCCAGGCAGUUCUGCGUGUUCGGAUUUCCUUCGUCACUCGGGGUCGGGAAGGAGCAUCCACGGUGUAAAAAAUCGGAGCCGGGAACAGACCAAACCCAAAGCAGGAGAGGGUUGGUUGGAAUUGUGUCUCCGAUCAUCCGACGUGGGAGAGACUGUUCCAGGUGUCUCCAGGAAAUAAAUGUUCUUACUGUA